AUGAAGAUCAUAAUUGUAACAUUGUCAAUAAUUUUAGUGAUCGUCAACCUAAAUAUUGUUAGCGCAACUUACAACUAUUAUGAUGUAGUAACCCUUGGAGCAAAAGCCAAUUCAAAUUCGGACUCUUCUAAGGCGUUGGAGGCGGCUUGGAGUACAGCUUGUAACUCAUCGGGCGAGUCGACAAUUCAUAUGCCGGAAGGAGAAUUCUUUGUUAGAAAAUCCCUCAAGUUUUCUGGAAAGGGAUGUCAAAGUAGUAAGAUUAAUUUUGUUAUCAACGGAACCCUUAAAGCCCCUAGUGAUUUUCGGGUGCUUCAAAACUCAAAAACAUGGGUGUUAUUUGAGCAUGUCGAUGGUGUUACUCUUUCUGGUGGAGUGUUUGACGCUGCAGGAGCUGAGUUAUGGAAUUGUAAACGAUCUGGAAAUGGAGCAUGUCCUCGUGGUGUGGAAAGUUUAGGUUUUCUAAAUUCCCAAAACAUUGAAAUAAAUGGUAUAACCUCAUUAGAUAGUCAAUUGUACCAUAUUGUUAUUGAUGAUUGUCGAAACGUAAAAGUGAACGGAGUUACGAUUUCCGCCUCGGGUCAUAGUCCUAACACCGAUGGUAUUCAUGUACAAUCGUCAACUGAUGUUACAAUAUCGAGUUCGAACAUUGCUACGGGAGAUGAUUGUAUCUCAAUUGGCCCGGGAACUAAAAAUUUGUGGAUUCAAGAUAUUACAUGUGGUCCCGGUCAUGGCAUAAGUAUUGGGAGUUUAGGAAAAACUUUUCACGAGGCAAAAGUGCACAAUGUCACUGUACAAACGUCGACCUUCACUAAUACGGAGAAUGGAGUGAGAAUUAAGUCAUGGGGGAGACCAAGUGAUGGAUUAGUUAGUAAUGUUGUCUUUCAACAUCUUACGAUGGAGAAUGCUCGAAAUCCAAUUAUUAUUGACCAAAAAUAUUGCCCCAAUCAUAAGAAUUGUCCUGGAGAGGUUUCUGGGGUAAGAAUAAGUGACGUGACAUAUGACGAUAUCCAUGGAUCAUCAGCAACAUCGAUUGCUGUGAAAUUUGAUUGUAGCCCAAAACAUCGUUGUUCGGGCAUAAAGUUGAAGAAUAUAAAUUUGACUUACAAGAACAAGCAAGCUUCUUCUUUCUGUAGUAAUUGUGAGGGUUCAACUUUUGGGGAUGUUCAACCUAAUAGUUGUUUAGAGUGAUUUUUAUCUACACUUUAGAAUACAAAAUUGAAAAUCUUAAAUUUUUUUUUUUUUUUUUUUGUUCCUGUGUUUUUUUCCAAGUAUAUACAACAGUAAAGUUAAAUACAAAGUACAUUGAUUUACUCCUCUAAUUUGUAGGAGCUCUUAACUUAUCCAAACUUUGGUGGAAUACUUUUUCAUACUACAUUAUUUGUAAGAGCUCUAAGUGGAAUACUUUUUCACACUAAAUCUUACUACAUAUAGAUACACCUAACAUGUGUUUUUAGUGUCGGUUCAUUACUCCAAUAUUCUAAUUACAUUUAAUCUUAUCUACGUACUCUAAUUUUUUCUACAAGAUUUUUCUAUUUUGAUCUAGACAAUUGUCUGUACUUAUUUUUCUAGAUUACCAUAUUAUACGGUGAGACGGUUAAUUUGAGGUAACUUUAACAAUUUUUAUGGUAACUUUAA